AUGUUGAAGAUUAUUAUAUUCGUCGGCCUCGUGACCGGCGCUCCGACGAACAUAGACUAUGGGCCGAUAAAUCAAUUCACCUUGAAACUAUUGGACAAUGCGUUCACAUAUCAGGAUAGUAUCGGCAAAAGAAACGUCGCUAUAUCACCAUUAUCAAUUUGGAGUAUAUUUUCAUUGCUGGCUGAAGGUUCUACGGGAGAAACUUUUAAUGAACUAAUGAAGGAAUUGAGACUUCCUAAUGACCUACGAUUGACUCAGGCCUUGCACUCAGGUUUAGCUAGUUUAAUGAAGAGCAAAGAUUCAGAUGUAGUACUAAAUGGAAAAACAGCUAUGUUCGCGGAUAGUGACAUCAAAGUUCAUCAAGAAUUCUGCGAAUCAGCUUUAUAUUAUGGUGCUGAUGUGUACUCAGUAGAUCCAAGUAAUACAACGAAGUUAGCUGACGAUAUUAAUUAUUAUAUAUGUAUCGCAACUGAAGGAAAAAUACGAGAGGCGGUUAGACCUGAACUAUUGGAGAGUUUAAAGCUUGUUCUGGUAGACGCGUUGUAUUUCAAAGCAAGUUGGACACAUCCAUUCGAUCGUACGCAAACUAAGGUCGAAGAUUUCUAUAAUUACCAAGGAAAAACUAUUGGGUCAGUGAAUAUGAUGUACCAUAAAGCACCACAUAACUUCGGCGACGCUAAUUCCAUAGAAGCCCAAGUAUUGGAAAUGAAUUAUGGUAAAAACGAGAAAUUCUCAAUGUUGAUCCUAUUACCAUUCGAUGGUACAUCAAUAAAGAAGGUUCUGGAAAACCUGGUUACACAACCUCUAGAUUGGACGACGGAAUACAGAAUAACUGACGAAUUCCCUGAAAUUGAUUGCUAUAUACCCAGAUUUAAAAUAUCUUCACAGAUAGACUUAAUACGUCCUAUGCAAUACAGUGGGGUUACGAGUAUAUUUGAUCCAGAAAAAGCUGAAUUACCAGGUGUAUCUGACAGUCCAUUGUAUGUCUCGAAGACCAUACAAACGGUUGAAAUAGAAGUAAACGAAGAAGGUACUGUCGCAGCGGCGUCUACGGUAGUGGGUUUAGAAGAUAGAAUAUUAGGAGCUAGGUUUGAAGCGAACAAGGAGUUUGCAUAUCUGAUAACAGAAAGAGAUUCAGGUUUAAUAUUACUGGCCGGCGUGUAUACAGAACCAACUGUUGUGUGA